AUGGUCUACAUUGUUACUGGAUCGAAUACCGGAGUGGGCUUAGAGUUGGCUGCACUGCUCUAUUCCAAGAAUGCCAAGGUGCAUAUCGCUGCCCGAUCCAACGACAAGUCCCUCAAGGCAAUUGAGACAAUCAAGGAGCGUCAGCCGAAGUCAAAAGGGAAAUUGGAGUUCCUGUUCCUGGAUUUGGCCGAUUUGACCAAGCUCAAAGCAUCCGCCGAAGAGUUUCUCGCCAAGGAGAGCCGUCUAGAUGUACUCUUCAACAACGCGGGCGUGUUGCAGUCCCGAAACGCUGAGAUAUCCAGAACACCCCAGGGUUACGAAAUGCAUCUCGGGGUCAAUAACGUGGGAAUAUUCCUGUUCACCAAGCUAUUGACUCCGAUCCUUGUGGCUACCGCAAAGCUGGAGAAACCUGGCGCCGUCCGCGUCGUCUGGGUUUCGUCCACUGCCGCUGAUGGCUUAAGCCACAAGCCAGGCGGCGUCGCCAUGGAUAAUCUAGAUUACCGCAGACCUAUACCGGUACUUAAUCUCUACGGCAAUAGCAAGGCGGGUAACUACUUGCAUUCCGUGGAGUUUGCAAGGCGGUUCAAGGCCGACGGCGUCGCGAGUGUUGCACUACACCCUGGAAACCUCGACUCGGAUCUAUAA